AUGAGCACCGAAAUCAUUAAGAAACAGGACAUAGAGGUGGCCGAUCAGGCUGAGGCAAUGACAGUCAACAUCGACAUGGCAAGCCUUGAAGAGAAACAAAUUGAAAAGGUGUGCAGGGAGUUCUAUGACUACGGGAAAUCAUUCAUCACCAACCUUCAACCCGCUGAAGUUCUUCUAAAGAAGGUUAAGAAAAUAACAACACUAAGGAAUACUUCUGGUCAAGGUACAAAGACAUGGAGCAGGUAUAAGAUGAUUGUAUUUCUCAGGAAGUUCCAUUUGGAUGCAACCCACAAGCAAUUGGAAAAGGUUGUCCAAUUCUUGAAGAAUUUCCCACAUGUUGAGAUCAACCUGAGCAUUCAGAAUUAA